GCGCUCCCUUCUCCUCCUCUUCUUCCUUCUUCUUCUUCUUCAUCAUCUUCGACCCAACCCCUCGGAGCCCCACGACGAUGGCACCAUGACGACAACGACGACGCCGACGCCGACGCCGACGCCGCCGCCGCCCCAGACCGUGCGGAAGCUCCUCGUCGAGGUCGUGGACGCGCGGGACCUCCUCCCCAAGGACGGCCAGGGCAGCUCCAGCCCUUACGUCAUCGUGGAGUUCGACCACCAGAAGAGGCGCACCUCCACCCGGUACCGCGACCUCAACCCGGCAUGGCACGAGGCCCUCGAGUUCGUCGUCUCCGACCCGGAGAGCAUGGAGUACGAGGAGCUCGACGUCGAGGUGUUCAACGACAAGAAGUUCGCCGCCGGCGGCGGGGCCCGGAAGAACCACUUCCUCGGCCGGGUCAAGCUCUACGGCACCCAGUUCGCGAAGCGCGGGGAGGGGGGCCUGGUGUACUUCCAGCUGGAGAAGAAGAGCGUGUUCAGCUGGAUACGCGGCGAGAUUGGGCUGAGGAUCUGCUACUACGACGAGCUGGUGGAGGAGCAACCGCCGCCGCCGCCGCAGGAAGAGGAGGAGCCGCCGCCUCCCCCCGGGGAGCCCGCCGAGGGCGCGCCGCCGCCGGUGAUGGUGGUGGAGGAGGGAAGGGUCUUUGAAAUGCCGCCGGGGGCCGUCGCGGUGGAGUGCUGCCACCCGCCGCGGCGCCGCGACCGGUCGCCCUCCCCUCCCGUGGUCGUCAUCGAGGAGUCGCCGCCGCCGCCGCCCCAGGCGGUGCACCUGCGCCACGAGCCCCCGCCCGAGGCGAUGCCGCCGGCGGCGCAGACGCACCACGCGGCGGCAGGCCCCCCGGUGGCGGAGGCGGCGAUGCAGUACCCUACGCCGGAGGUGCGGAGGAUGCAGGGUGCGAGGGUCGGCGAGAGGGUCAGGGUCCUGCGGCGGCCCCCGAGCGGCGACUUCUCGCCGAGGGUGAUAUCGUCGCACCACCAGAGAUUCGCGUCGGAGACGGAGAGGAUCCAUCCGUACGAUCUGGUGGAGCCAAUGCAGUACCUGUUCAUCAGGAUCGUCAAGGCGCGAGGCCUCGCCCGCAACGAGAGCCCCUACGUGAAGGUCCGCACGUCCACCCACUACGUCCGCUCGAAGUCGGCGGUCCACCGUCCCUGCGAGCCGACCGACUCGCCGGAGUGGCACCAGGUCUUCGCGCUCGGCCACAACAAGCCCGAGUCGGCGAGCUCCACGCUGGAGAUCUCCGUCUGGGACUCCCCGUCGGAGAGCUUCCUCGGCGGCGUCUGCUUCGAUCUCUCCGACGUGCCGGUCCGCGACCCGCCCGACAGCCCGCUUGCCCCGCAGUGGUACCGCCUCGAGGGCAGCGACGCGGCGGAGAAGAGCCGCGUCUCCGGUGACGUCCAGCUCUCCGUCUGGAUUGGCACCCAGGCCGACGACGCGUUCCCCGAGGCGUGGAGCUCCGACGCGCCGCACGUGGCCCACACGCGCUCCAAGGUGUACCAGUCUCCGAAGCUGUGGUACCUGCGGGUGACGGUGAUCGAAGCUCAGGACCUCCACAUCGCUCCGAAUCUGCCGCCGUUGACGGCGCCGGAGGUCAGGGUCAAGGCGCAGCUGGGGUUCCAGUCGGUGCGGACGCGGCGUGGGUCCAUGAGCAACCACGCGCCGUCGUUCCACUGGAACGAGGACCUCGUACUCGUCGCCGGCGAGCCACUGGAGGACUCGCUCAUUUUGCUGGUGGAGGACCGUUCGAGCAAGGAGACUCUGCUCCUCGGGCACAUUCUGAUUCCGGUUAGCUCCAUCGAGCAGCGAAUAGACGAGAGGCACGUGGCCGCCAAGUGGUUCGCGCUCGAGGGCGGGGGCGGGGGCGGGGGCGGGGGCGGGGGCGGCAGUGGCUGCGGCGGCGGAGGCAGGCCUUACUGCGGCAGAUUGUAUCUGAGGCUGUGCUUGGAAGGCGGUUAUCACGUGCUUGAUGAGGCCGCGCACGUGUGCAGCGACUUCCGGCCCACGGCGAAGCAGCUGUGGAAGCCGGCGGUCGGGAUUCUGGAGCUGGGUAUCCUCGGCGCCCGGGGGCUUUUGCCCAUGAAGUCGAAAGGCCCCGGUAAAGGGUCCACGGACGCGUACUGCGUGGCCAAGUAUGGCAAGAAGUGGGUUCGGACCCGGACCAUCACGGACAGCUUCGACCCGCGGUGGAACGAGCAGUACACGUGGCAGGUCUAUGACCCGUGCACUGUGCUCACCGCCGGGGUCUUCGACAACUGGCGGAUGUUUGCCGAACCGUCCGACGACAAGCCAGAUUGCCGCAUUGGGAAGAUCUGUAUUCGGGUAUCCACAUUGGAGAGUAACAAGGUGUAUACCAAUUCGUAUCCGCUGUUAGUGUUGACAAGAACCGGGUUGAGGAAAAUGGGCGAGAUCGAAUUGGCGAUCCGGUUCGCUUGCCCAUCUUUGUUGCCGGAUACUUGCAUGGUCUAUGGUCAGCCCUUGUUGCCGCGGAUGCACUAUCUCCGCCCGCUCGGGGUGGCCCAACAGGAGGCGCUUCGAGGGGCCGCCACCAAGAUGGUAGCUGCGUGGCUUGCGCGGUCGGAGCCACCGCUCGGGCCGGAAGUGGUCAGGUACAUGUUGGAUGCUGAUUCGCAUACAUGGAGCAUGAGAAAGAGCAAGGCGAACUGGUUCAGGAUCGUGGCCGUGCUGGCAUGGGCGAUUGGGCUGGCGAAAUGGUUGGACGACAUCAGGAGGUGGCGGAACCCGGUCACGACUGUCCUAGUCCAUGUCCUGUACCUGGUGCUCGUGUGGUACCCGGAUUUGAUCGUGCCCACCGGGUUCUUAUACGUGUUCUUGAUUGGGGUGUGGUACUAUAGAUUCAGGCCGAGGAUACCGGCCGGGAUGGACACUAAGCUCUCGCAGGCCGAGUCGGUAGACCCGGAUGAAUUGGAUGAGGAAUUCGACACGAUACCGAGCUCGAAGCCGCCGGACAUCAUCCGGGCCAGAUACGAUCGGUUACGACUGCUGGCGGCCCGGGUCCAGACGGUCCUGGGCGAUUUCGCGACCCAAGGAGAGAGGGUCCAAGCCUUGGUGAGCUGGAGGGACCCGAGAGCGACGAAGCUGUUCAUAGGAGUGUGCCUCGCCAUCACGCUGACACUGUACACGGUGCCGCCGAAAAUGGUGGCGGUGGCCCUAGGUUUCUACUACCUCCGCCACCCGAUGUUCAGGGACCCGAUGCCGCCGGCGAGCCUCAACUUUUUCCGGAGACUCCCGAGUCUCUCCGAUCGGCUAAUGUAGAUUUAGAGUCUUGGAAAAAAAAAAAGAAAAAGACACUUCGGUAGAAAUUAGUCCUAUGGUAUUUUUUUGGAGGGGGAGGGGCCAAGAUUUUUAUGGGGAGGGAAGAGACAAAGGGGCACUGUUUUCACGUUGAAAAAGUUGUCCUAGAAUAACGCUGUAAGAGAGGAAAAGGGUGGGGAGUUGAAUGAUGUUCUUUUUUUUGUGGGUUGUGUACCAAUUGAUUGACUAACCUAUUCAAAGGGCUUUGAAAUAAGAGAAAGGAGGGGGAGAGAGGCAGUGAAAAUAGGGGUGUUGUUGGGAAAAAAAAAAACAAAACAUAUUGGAUUGAGUGUUUCUUUCUCUUUUAUAAAAUUUUUCAUCAGAAUGAAGGGACAGACAUUUUGAAAAAAGCCAGUGCGGUUUUGCUGUCAUGAAAAGGUGUAACCCACCAUUGAGAUGGUUUCUGACAUUGUUGAAUGGAAAAGAGAUCGCCUUCUCCAGUUCCCAUUUUCACA